ACACUUUAUAAGCCUGACACCCUUAUCCUCCUCCCAUUCCCUGGCCUCUUUCCAUCCUCCUCUGCUCAGCCUCCACCCCUCCCUGACAAUCUUUAUUUCUCUUUUCCCUAGGCUGCAGCCAGCGGAACCCCCUCCUUGUCUGAGCCAGGAACUCAGGUGGGGUCAAGAGCCUCAGCUCCAGGAUGUUGACAACAUUGCUGCCGCUAUUGCUUCUGCCUGGCUGGGCUCUUUGUAGCCAGAAAACCUCAGAUGGGCCCCAGAGCCUCCACAUGCUCCAGAUCUCCUACUUCCGCGAUUCGAAUCAAGUGUGGUACCGGGGCAACGCGUCGCUGGGAGGGCAUCUGACACACGUGCUGGAAGGCCAGAACAGCAACGUCACUUUUCUCCAGCUGGAGCCCUUGCAGGAACCGGAGAGCUGGGCGCUCACAGAGAGCCGCCUGCAGGCAUACCUGCACGAUUUCCGUAACUUUGUGCUGCUAGUGCACCGCGAGCGGCGCUUGGCUUUUCCUCUGGUCAUCCGCUGCUUCCUGGGCUGCGAGCUGCCCCCCGAGCUGCCUGCGGGCUCCAGCGCCCGCGUCUUCUUCGAAGUGGCUGUGAACGGGAGCUCCUUGGUGAGUUUCCGGCCAGAGACGGCCUCGUGGGUGGCGAGCGCCCAGGCGCCCUCCGAAGUGGUCACCUACACCCUGAGGCAGCUCAACGCCUACAACCGUACUCGGUACGAACUACGGGAGUUCCUGCAGGACACCUGCGUGCAGUAUGUGCAGAAACACUUCUCCACCAAAAACUCGACAGGGAGCCAAACGGGCCGCUCCUACACUUCGCUGGUCCUGGGCGUCCUGGUGGGCAGUUUCGUCAUCGCCGGUGUGGCUGUAGGCAUCUUCCUGUGCACAGGUGGACGGCGAUGUUGAUUACUCUCUGCCCCCUCUGAGAGUGCUGGAUUGAAGAGGGUAGACAAGGGAAAGUCUCAGCUGACCGCAAAACCAAACAUAUUCCUCAACUGGAUAUGGACACCAUAUCCCAGAAGGAUUGGAAUGACAGCUCUCUUCUUCCAGAUCUACCCUCCAAGGGUUUGGAAGAGAGGAGGUGGGAAGGCAAGGCGACAAAGUACAUGGUUUGCUCAGAACCUAGGAACUUGCAUGCUUUGCCUAAUUGGUCUGAGAAGUAAAUGUUUAUCUUAGUGGAAAAUAGAUGAUGAGGUUGAAGCAUGGAGUUCUAUAGCCAGUCCUCCAAGACAGGUAUAAUCACCUGGGCAUUCAAAACACAUAACCAAAUAAAACAAGUUAUCUACAUCCAAAAAAAAAAAAAAAAACAUUUAAUGCUUCCAGGUGUGUCAGGGAAGCAUACACUGGUAUAAUAGGGAUAGAAAGAAGUAACAAGAGAAAUGACGGUGUAAAAUCCAAGUUAUAUAGAAGCAAUGAGUUAUUAAUGAAUCGAUAACAAUGUUAAUAAAUUCCUUAAUUUUGUAUAAGGCAUUAUUUCCUCUCUUUUGUAAAACUUGUGAAAAAGUAAUCAGUACUCUUUGCUAACUUCUCUGUAAAUUGUUCUAAGACUACUAGUAACCUCUAAAACUGUCAAACCUUCAUUUUCCAUGUUACUUUCAACUUUGUAGAAUAGCACUCUCUUUUUAUUCCAACUUCUACAAUACUAUACUUUUUUUUUGGUGUUUUUGAGUUAUUUUUUAGGCAGUUAUUACUAUGUGCUAUCCCUCAGCCUCUAGAGUAUCUGGAACCUCAGUGGCAUGCCACCACAUCUGGCUCUUUCAGACAGGGUCUCACCAUGUUGCCCACACUGGCCAUGAUCUCACUCCUCCUGCCUCAGCCUCCCAAGUAGCUAGAACCCCAGGUUUGUGCCUUCAUACCAGGAUGUUUUGGUAGGUAGAUUAGAGGAUCAAACCCAAGCCUCCCAUGUAGUCUCAGCUUGCCAAGCACCAGCAUUCAGCAUGUCCUGCCACAGCUAGACCCAUACUUCCAAUUUUUAAAAAUAUUGAGACCAGCAGUUGGCGUAAUGGUUAUGUCGCGGACU